AAAAGACCAAGCCUCAGCGCGGAGGAACCCGACCCACAAAGCCGCUAGGAGCCAAUACCUGUACGCAGUCCUGCCCCAUUUUGGCGCAGCGACUACUCUUGACUCUUCCCGCGACCUGUAGCCCGGCGGAGCAAGCGCAGAGAGCUUUGUGGCCAUCGCGUAGCUAUGGAACCCGACGGGACCUACGAGCCGGGCUUCGUGGGUAUUCGAUUCUGCCAGGAAUGUAACAACAUGCUGUACCCCAAAGAGGACAAAGAGAACCGUAUUCUGCUGUACGCGUGCCGGAAUUGUGAUUACCAGCAGGAAGCCGACAACAGCUGCAUCUAUGUCAACAAAAUCACGCACGAAGUGGACGAACUAACCCAGAUAAUCGCUGACGUGUCCCAGGACCCCACAUUGCCGCGGACCGAGGACCACCCGUGCCAGAAGUGUGGCCACAAGGAGGCGGUGUUCUUCCAGUCGCACAGUGCCCGUGCCGAGGAUGCCAUGCGCUUGUACUAUGUAUGCACUGCCCCACACUGCGGCCACCGCUGGACCGAGUGACCUGUCCCCCUGCUCCACCUGUAAUAAAUGCCAAGUACUGUG